AUGGUUAAAUUGACUCAAGUCGACGACGAGACCGCCACAAACUUCGAGAAAACGGCUCCAGCUCCUGGCGCCAACAACUACAGCGACUCAGAUUCCGAAUCUGACUCUGACUACGAGGACGACUUUGACCUCGAGAAUGAGACCCUCUAUGAUAGGAUCGUCGCUUUGAAAGAUGUCGUACCACCCACCCAGAGAACACAGAUCGCCAGCGCCGUUGAGAGCGUCAAAAGCGUUGCCACAUGUGCAUUCAGCAAAGGUGGCUCUUUGUUGUGGGGUGUAACUUCGUCGAUUUUGUUGUUAGGUGUGCCGUUGUCUUUGGCCAUCUUAGCUGAGACUCAAUUACAAGAAAUGGAGAAGGAGAUGUCGUUGCAGCAAUCCGCCCAGGAAGUGUUGGCCCCAGGGUCUGAGAGUGCAUUCAACGGUGAGAAGGCCUCUGCCUAA